AUGGAACAGAUCCAAAGUAGUAAAAACAAAGGUGAAGCAGUGUUUUGGGCACAUCUAGGAAAAAUUUAUAAACAGAAGUCGCUACCUUUUUCUAAGCUAAAAGUAGGAGAUGUAGUACUAACAGAUAAGGAAAAUAUUUCAAAUGAACUUUACGAACAUUAUAUGGAACAAUUUAAACCUCCGCUUUUAGAUUUCACAAAUACACAUGAUAUGGAGAUAAUGAAAGAGUUCGAGGAAAUUUUAAAAGGUCUCUCAACGUCGACGGAAGAGGUGGAAGUGACAAACACUUCAGAGAUCAGAAAUGCUAUCCGUUCCCUCAAACCCAAAAAAUCAGCAGGAUAUGACAACAUAUCGAACUUUAUAAUAAAGCGAUUGCCUCCCGGAUACAUACAAGGCCUAGGUAAUUGUUUUAACCUUUGGCUUAAAGAAUGCAGAAUGCCAAUUGAAUGGAAAUUAGCUAAAAUAAAAACCUUAAACAAAUUGAAAGCUGGAGUCCCUAAAUCUGAUCAAACUCGCCCUAUAUCACUUCUUGCAACCCAUUCUAAAUUGUAUGAAAAAAUUCUACUGACAAGAAUUCGUAGUUGGGCUGAAUCUAAUCAUAUAAUCCCCAAGGAACAAUCAGGUUUCAGGCCAAACUGUCUUAUUCCCACCAGAGUAUUAUCAAUUUAUCAGGAAGUACUCAAUAAUAUGGCCGCAAACUCGCCAACUCUAUCUAUAUACUUUGACUAUCAAAAAGCGUACGACAAAGUAUGGCAUGCAGCCUUGAUAGUAAAACUUUCGAGAGCUAAUAUACCACCCGCAUUGUUAAAAACGAUAUGGUUUUGGCUAUCAAGGAGAGAAGCAGUGGUAGUGUAUGGAGAAUUGAGUACGAGUAAAUUUCCUAUAUCAAUCGGACUCCCACAAUGA